AUGUAUCCAGCUCGUGCGGUUCCCACCCUUCCCCGCACAAGCACACCCUCCCCACACCCUAUUCUCCAAGGUCUCCUCCUUCUCCACCAUACGCUAUUUAGCACGGAGGAACCUGUCGUCGUCACUGCCACCAUUUUGUCACACACAAGCAAAAGAAGAAAAGGCAAACAACGGAAAGCGCAGGCGGUAAGCAUGGGGAUUGGUUAAUGUGGACUAAGGCCACCUGGGUGGGAUUUGCUUCGGCGUUCUGCGCGCCGUAGUACGUUCUCAUACGAUGACAUCGGGCCACAAUCACGCAAAUCCCUGCCGCACCCUCAGGUUAUGGUCGAGAAGUUGGUGAAUACACACGGAACCAGAUACACACCUCAAAGCGACUCUUGAACCCUCAGAACCAGUCAGCUCCUGUCGCCCCCCAUGGACCUUUGACCCACCCCCGCAUUUCCCCACCCUAUAUCCGGCCCGCCCUCCGACGUGUCUGAUCCCCAGUCACUGAAGGCAUCGCUGUAGUCGGACGCAUCGGAUUCCCACUCUGGGAUUUCAUCCCUCCCUUCGUUUUCCUCCUGCUGCUCCUCCUCCUCCUCCUCCUCCCCGUCCUCGUUCUUCGGUCCCUGUUGAAUCACCCGGCUCGGCUGCCUGCUGCCUAGCGGCUGCUUGUGCGGCUGCCUGCUGACUUACGGCUCUUACCGCCAAAAGAGAACGCAGGGCGCCGGCUACGAUGGCAGAUGUUGCAGGAAUGGAGGGUGUAGCAGGAACAGUGGACGCAGCAGGAACGCUGGAUGUAACAGCAGCGAUCCGAGCCUCAGGUUCCGCCGCGCGAAUCAGUCCACAGGUGGCCUUGCACACCAAUGCCAGCUAGCAUUUUCUUCCUGCUUUUCGACAGCCGCACCUCACGCCGAGACUCUUCUUACCCGGGGCCGGUUUGCAACCACAUUUCUCCGUUUGCGUCUUGUUGUCGGUGCCAACGUAGGAAUACUCAGACAGCCAUACCACGCGAUUUUCCGCUGUCAUGUGCUCCGGGCUGGUCCCCCCCGCUUACGGGUCGAUCCCCCAUCCCUUGCCGUUGAACUCUCGCACUGGUACCACCUCUAAACAGCCAUCUCGCCAGUACCCAAGCACCUGAUGGCCUCGCUCGCUCUGCUGGCGCAUGGACCCGAACAAGGGCACGUUGAUGUAGCCUUCUUUGAACCACGCCUGAGGAUAAGCAUCCGGAUGACGUCGACGUAAUGUGCGACAUCGCCGUUGUCCGUGCGGAAAAUCCAGCCGGGCUCCUGCCCACCACGAGCAAAGGCAGCUUCAUACUUGAAGUAGAAUAUGGUCGCCAACAACUUGAUGCACUCGUCGAUCUUGACGCCCCAUGCCCCACCCUCGCGCACGCAGAUAGACGUGCGAUACACACCCUCCGUCCGCACGCUCUUCAGAGUAAGAGCCCACAUGGUCCCGAAAGGCAGGCCCGAUAUGGCAGGCAGGAAGUCGCAACCAGCAAGCAGGUAGACGAGGACAAAAAGGCGUACCUUCUCGUCGUCGUCGGGAAUCCAACCCUGGAAAUCAGAGUCCGUGGCAGAGAUCUCUAGCCGUAGAACUGCGACUGGCGAUUUGCGUGAAGCCCUUCUCAUCUGCCGACCUGUGACAUGCAGCAUACAGUUUCUCUCCUGCCAAUUGCUCCCCCCGUGGGCACAGGUUACAUGGCUCGCCGGGAGUAGUGGUGACCCAUACCUUCGCGCGCGGCUUCCUCUUUCUCUUGCUUCUGUCACUAUCGGCAACUGCUCGUGGUCUCUUCCCAUCUUGACGCGCCGCCGAGAACGAACUCCCGGGGUAGCGCUCGCCGUUUUUGCACGCUCAGCCUCGGCGAUCUCACGUUCCUUGCGGGCCUAUGGCUCCGCCCUCCCAACCGCCUGCUGCUCCUCGUUGCCACCUCUGCAAUCUUCUGCUCCAACUGCGGUUGUAGUAGGACCAAAUAACGUCUGGCCUUAACCCUCACCGGACGCUUCUUCCCUGAUCUUCGGCCCGAACCUUUCAACCGC